AUGAAAUUACCAUUUUCAGUUUCAGCAUUUGCUUUGCGUUUUCUUUGUGUUUUGUUGGUGAUUGUUCUUGCUAAUUCACAACUUCCUGAGGAAAUGUAUAGAUUUGAUAAGAGAUCUCAUGUAAGCUAUAAGUAUGAUAGAAUUGAUGAAGUUCAGAAACAAUGUGUGUCUGUUUUAUCUGCUGCAUCUGAAUUGAGGUUGGGAUAUAGUGGUGUUGUUGGUAUGAAAAGAGAGUUUUCUUUUGUUAAUGGGGAUUGGAUUCAGGAGGAUGGUAAGUUUCCAAUUAUGCCAUUUGAUGAUCGGGAUUCGCCGGGGAUGAUAGCGGGAGAUCGUAGUAGUCCGAUGAAAUUGGUAUCUUUUCGAGUAACGGAUGUUGAUCAUGCUCAUCGAUUGAAGAAGUCGAUCCCUAUCAAUGGUUUCAUGGUGAUGGGGAUUACUAGAGAUGGCAGUUUUAUGGAGAAUGUGUAUGGUGAUGGGAAUCUUGAUUUUCGGUUAUGGCCUGGACAUUCUCAGAUUUCGAUUCCUUUUCAAGGGGUUUACACAGAAUCGAAGAGAAACGGUGGGGAGAGGGUGUUGUGUUUGUUAGGGAACACUAUGCUUCCGACUCGUGAAACCGUUCCUGCUAAUCCAUGGGGGUGGAUGAAGAAUCCUAGUGAUGUACCUAUGUCGGAAGAUGAUCAAAUUCUGCUGAUUCUUCGCUAUCCAUUGACAUUCACUUUAACGAAUAGGAUGAUCACCGGAGAGUUAAGAAGUUUGAACCGUGAUUCAAAUCCUAAGUACUUUGAUGUGGUUCACAUAUCGUCACAGUUGGGUAGCUCAGCUAAGUACACAUUUGGCUCACAACAUAUUGUAUCCAAAGCAUGCGAUCCAUACCCGUAUAAAGAUAAUUUGACAAAUAAUGUCAUUACUGUAUACAAAGGGACAAGGUUCUGCGAAAUCCUCGAAGAAGUUACUAGGGAUAAACCUUUAUCUAUUGUACCAAACUGGAGCUGUAACGGCACCGACGAUUUCUGCAGUCGAUUAGGUCCUUUUUUGUCGGAUGAGAGAAUCAAAUCAACACAUGGAAGCUUUCAAGAUGUUAAACUUUACAUGCAGGAUGUUAUCUGUGAGCAAGCAGCUGGUAAACAUAAUUCUGGCUUCACUACGGUAUCUGCAGUUUUUAGAGCAGUUUCUCCAUCCGAGAAUCGAUAUAAUGCAGCAAAGAGAUCCGGUGUUAACAACAUGUCGCUUGCCACCGAAGGAAUCUGGAAAUCUUCUAGUGGACAGCUUUGUAUGGUUGGCUGCCUUGGACUUGUCGAUGCCAAAGGGGGUAACUGUAAUACUCGGAUUUGUUUGUAUAUACCUACCACUUUCUCCAUAAAGCAACAUAGUAUUAUUUCGGGAACUUUGUCUCCUAUUAAUAACAAUGGUGACUUUUUCCCUCUAUCAUUUGAACAGCUUGUGCAACCUACAGAACUAUGGAAUUAUUUCAUGUUCACUCAUCCAAAUUACAGUUACUCCAAAAUUAAUCUUGCCGGCACGAUCCUAGAAAAAAAUGAGCCCUUCAGUUUUUCAACCGUCAUUAAGAAAUCAUUGCUAACUUUCCCUAAACUUGAAGACGAGACAUUCCAAGAUAGUCUGUCCCUUCUUUCGGAAGAUCUCACUUUUCAUAUCCCAGGUUUUCCUGAUCCUAUGCCUCGUGUGCAGGCCCCAAGAGUUGAUAUUCAGAUGGAGAUUCUCUCAGUUGGUCCCAUGUUUGGGCGUUAUUUUGACGCUCAAAAUGGUUCAACAGUGGAACAACUAGAUACACCAAAUCAAGCAAAUGCCGCUGAAUAUACCGAAAAACAGCUUCUUUUAAAUGUAUCUGCACAACUGAGUCUUAGUGGAAAAGGUUAUAGUAAUUUUUCCAUGCUUUUUCUGGAAGGUCUUUAUGAUCCACAUGUUGGAAAGAUGUAUCUUAUUGGUUGCAGAGACGUGCGAGCAUCAUGGAGCGUCUUAUAUCAGAGCUAUGAUCUAGAAGCUGGAAUGGACUGUUUAAUUGAGGUGGUUGUUUCUUAUCCUCCGACAACAACUCGGUGGCUAGUCAAUCCCACUGCCACAAUUUCUAUAGAAAGUCAAAGGACAGACGAUGAUGGCCUUCGGUUCAACACAAUAAAGCUCCAAACUCUUCCAAUCAUAUACAGAAAGCAACGUGAGGAUGUACUCUCACACCGGGGUGUUGAAGGGAUUCUCCGAAUCUUGACACUUACAUUUGCAGUUGGUUGCAUUUUCAGCCAACUGUUUUACAUAAAGCACAAUAUGGAUUCUCUUCCAUAUACAUCUCUUGUUGUGCUCGGUGUUCAAUCUCUUGGUUAUAGCAUUCCUCUAAUCACAGGUGCAGAAGCUCUUUUUAAGAGAAUGGUUUCGGAGUCUUAUGAUGUGUCGUCAUCUGGUACUUUGGAGAACAGUGAGUGGCUCCAUAUCAUCGAUUACACUGUGAAACUUUUGUUGAUUGUAUCAUUGCUACUAACCCUACGGCUUUUUCAGAAAGUGUGGAAGUCUCGAAUCAGAUUGCAAAAGCGAACCUCUUCUGAGCCCUUUUCUGUCCCAAGUGAUAAAAGAGUACUUCUCUGUACCUUCAUUUUACAUCUUAUUGGUUACAUAAUUGUUAUGAUAAUUCACAGCACGAAAACCAGUCAGAAACAUCUUAGAGAAAAGGCAUAUAUGGUUGAAAAAGAAAAUUCUCAUUCGUUGCCAGAUUGGGCCGCGGAAUUGGAAGAAUAUGCAGGUCUUGUGCAAGACUUUUUCUUGUUUCCACAAAUCAUUGGGAACUUAAUCUGGCAAAUCCGUUGUAAACCACUCAGGAAACUAUAUUUUAUCGGAAUCACUCUAGUAAGACUUCUUCCUCAUGUAUAUGACUACGUUCGAGCUCCGGUUCCGAAUCCUUACUUUACCGAGGACUCAGAAUUUAUCAAUCCAAGUUUGGAUUUUUACUCAAAAUUUGGUGACAUUGCUAUCCCUGUGACUGCAAUUAUUCUUGCAAUUUUGGUCUAUAUUCAACAAAGAUUGGGCUAUGACAAGUUGAGUCAGAUUCUGACAUUUGGACAAUAUAAGUUUCUUCCAAGUUUCAGAUAUGAAAGGUUGGAUUCUAAGUCGUUUGAAACUGAACUAGUUCCGGGCAUCAAUGGUGGUGAUGAAAAUGAGAAAGAACAAGUUGAUAUAGAAUGA